AGUGGAUCAGACUGUUAAUCGAUGAACAAAUAGCAUCCACAUGAAGAGCAGAGCGUCUAAGCAACCCAGCUGAAAUCCAGACUCAGCAAUGGCAAUGGGGUCACCAGCAGCCUCCAGAACUUACAUUUUCUCACCCAAAUCCUCUUUUCUUUUCCCUAAUCGUUCUCCCUCUUUCCUUAAACCCUCGAUUCUGCCCCUCCAAACCCACCGUCACCUCAAAACCUCAACAGCCGACCAUCUCAGGCUCUCUACGGAAAAAAUCAGAGCUACCAUUGAUGAGGCAGGCCAAGACACGGAUAGUUCUCUACUUGUUCAGGAACUAGAACAACCGAAGAAGGAAGUAGAGGAGUGUGUGAAAUUGCUCAAGAAUGCUGCUAAAACAAGACGGGUUGCGACUGAGGAGGUUUUGUCUGCUCUCUCCAUUAUAGAGAAGGCAAAUCUUGAUCCCUCAGCAUUUCUUGAGACUCUUGGUGGGUCAAAAUCCCCUGGGAGAACUUGGAUGCUUAUUUUCACUGCUCAGAAACGUUUAGAGGGUGGUAGAUAUUUCCCUCUUACAGCUGUUCAGAGGUUUGAUGCUGCUGCAUUGAGAAUUGAGAAUGGAAUUUAUCUGGGCCCAAUUGGAUAUUUAACAUUUGAAGGCAGGUUUACAUGGAAGAAGAGAAUACUUGCUUUCAUAUUUGAGCGCGUACGGAUAAAAAUUGGACCUUUUAACCCUAUUGAGAUACCAUUUGGGGGAAAAGAUGGGAGAGAACCCAGCACCGAAGAUCCAUUCUUCAUCUGGUUUUACAUUGACGAGGAAAUAGCUGUUGCUCGAGGCAGGAGUGGAGGGACUGCCUUCUGGUGCCGCUGUCAUCGUGCCAGCAGUUACUGAUUCUUGUAAAGCCUUUAUACUUCCAUAGUUGUGGAAAAUGGUGAAUAGAGUAGUUGCACACUGAACAUGAUUCUGAUUGUAUGUUGGGUCCAAUUAAACAACUUCCCACUGCUAUAGAAAAUGUUGUCUUUGAAAUUCAACAGGUGUACUGAUGCUAUGAGAUAAUUUAAUGGUAUUUGAUCAUUUGGUAUUUAUA